AUGAGAACAAGCAAGAGCUCGCCGUCGCCGGCGCCGGCGCGCGGCAACAUCGCCGUCGAUCUCCGGCCGUUCCUUGUCGAGUUCAACGACGGCCGCAGGUGGGUCUUGGUGCGCCACGAGACCGUGGCAGCGUCCGACGACAAGACGAGGAGCGCGAACGGGGUCGUGACGAAGGACGUCGUCAUCGACGACGAGACCGGCGUGUCCGUCCGCGUGUUCCUCCCCGUCGACGCGGCCGUGGCCGCCGCCGCGGGCGACGGGAGGAGGCUCCCCCUGGUCGUCUACGUCCACGGCGGCGCCUUCUGCACGGGGAGCGCCUCCGCCAGGAUGUUCCACGACUACGCCGAGUCGCUCUCCGCUCGCGCCGCGGCGGUCGUCGUGUCCGUGGAUUACCGCCUCGCGCCGGCGCACCCCGUACCCGCGGCUUACGACGACGCGUGGGCGGCGCUCCGGUGGGCGGCUUCCCGCCGCCGCCGCCUCUCCGACGACACCUGGGUCGGCGACUACGCCGACCGCUCGUGCGUGUUCCUCGCCGGAGAGAGCGUCGGCGCCAACAUCGUGCACAACGUGGCGGUACGUGCCGGCGAGGUGUUCGACGACGACAUCGACAUCGAGGGCAUGAUACUGCUGCAGCCAUACUUCUGGGGCACCAAGCGGCUGCCGUGCGAGACGCCGGACGCCUGCUGGCGCACGCGCGGGUCGCCGCCGAUGCUGCUGCCGGAGAGGAUCGACGCCCUCUGGCCGUACGUGACGGCGGGCGCGGCGGCCAACAACGGCGACGAUCCCCGGAUCGACCCUUCCGCCGAGGCGAUAGCGUCGCUGCCGUGCCGCCGCGCGCUGGUGUCCGUGGCCACGGAGGACGUCCUGCGCGGCCGCGGCCGCCGAUACGCCGCCGCGUGGGGUGACAGUGGCAGCCACAGGGCGGCGACGCUCGUGGAGUCCAAGGGCGUGGACCACUGCUUCCACCUCUUGCCGGAGUUCAGCUCCCACGCCGAGACCGGCGUGCUCAUGGAUCGCGUCGCCAUGUUCAUCGCCAAGGGCAAGACACCACCACCGAACACUCGGGGCUGUUUGGAUGGAGGCUAA